AAAAAAGAUCGACCAAAGACAAAAUAUGCACACCACCAACGUUUUGAUAAAGUAAAUAAAUUAAAUAAUAAUUAAUAGAUGGAGAGUGAAAAAAGAGCAAGGACCAGCUCAUUUUCUGGGUGUGCCCGUUACUGCUACUGGAUUACCCCCAUAAUUCAACAACGCCAUUCCUCACAUCACACCAAAAGGCUGUCAUCUUUUACUGGAAUUUUUCCAUCCAUGCUUGCUCAGUGAAAAAAGAUUCGAUCUUGGAAUUUUAUAGAAAGCGAAAAAAAAAAAGAAAAAUGAAAUCUGGGAAAGGUCGGCAGGAAGAGGAAGAGGAGGAAGACGAGUAUGGUGCGAAGAAAUGCGUUGCCCCAUCUGCUAAUAAUUCCAAAGAUGGGAAGAACAGUGAUAAAGCUAGUGCUAUAAGGUCGAAACAUUCUGUUACAGAGCAGCGGAGGAGGAGCAAAAUCAAUGAGAGAUUUUCGGUACUGAGGGAACUGAUACCGCACAGUGAUCAGAAGAGAGACACAGCAUCAUUUUUGUUAGAGGUGAUUGAGUAUGUACAAUUUUUACAGGAAAAGGUCCAUAGAUAUGAGGGAUCAUAUCAGCCUUGGAGUACAGAGCCUGCAAAGCUGAUGCCGUGGAGAAACAGCCACUGGCGAAAUUUUGCUGGCCAACUGCACACCGUGAAGGAUGGCUCUGAUCCGAGUACCACUCCUGCCUUUCCCAUCAGGUUCGACGAAAACAGUGUUGCGGGCCCCACAAUCAUGCAACUUGGCCCGAAUAAACACUCAGUCGAGCCCAAUCAUUCUAGGGAUGGGCUGUGCAGGUCGUCGAUGGACUCUGUGCCGGUUUCUGUUGGAAAUGAUGGCUCAUUCUCACAUGAGUUGCCUGGGCCGGCGGGCCCACUUACGGAUUCGCAUCCGACUGAAUGUCCUGAAGCCAUGAACCUCCAAAACGAUCUGAUGAUUGAGGGCGGGACAAUUAGCAUCUCGAGUGCUUACUCGCAAGGGUUACUGAAUUCAUUGUCACAAGCACUACAGAGCACUGGUGUGGAUUUGUCUCAAGCCAGCAUAUCAGUUCAGAUUAAUCUUGGAAACCGAGCACAUAGUGGAUCAAUUGCUAAGGAUCAUUGUAUUCCAAUGCCUUCUGGUAACCAACCUGUUGUAACCUUUCAAGAUGCUGUAAACUGUGAAGACUUUGAUCAAUCGCAAAAAAGGCAAAAGAUUUGAUAAUAAUACUACUCUGUGAUUGGCUACAAAGCUUCAUCUCCUACCGAGUGAGUUUUCAUCGGGUGGCCUAGUAUUUGAUCCUUGUAUAUGCGCAAACUAUUUCUUAAAUUUUCGCUUUUCUAUGUCUUCCUUCUCAUUUAUGUUAAUAUAGAAUGGCUUGCUUUGAUAUCUAUGUUAUUGAAAAACUACCAUUGGUUGUCGCUAACAAGUUUGAAAUACAAAAUCAAAUUUGAAGCUCAUGACCCAAAUGCUUUUAUCUGUUGUUUAUGUUUGAACUGUGUUGUGCCACUACUACACUUGUCAUUUGAUUGUGGUUAUUAUAUAAAGUUUCAGAUUAAAAACA